GCUGGAGUCUAUUUCAUUUCAAAGCUGAAGGAGGCUUUUUUUUUUUUUUUUUUUUUUUCUCUCUCACGUGUGAAGAUGGCUUAUCCUUUUGCUCCUAGAAGAUUGUGGAUUUUACAAUGGGCUGGAUCUUGUGCAUGGGACCACUCGCAUGGGGAACCAGUACUGCUUAUCCUUGAGAAAGGGCUGCUUUUUGGGGGUUAAUUGGAGCCAUAUUUUGUUCACAAGAAAGGGCAGCAACCAACUUUUGAAAGCUUUUAUAUUUUUUACACAAAAAUAACUGCACCUUGUGGGCAAGGUGCUUAAAGGGAUUGGUAUUGUAACGGAUAUAUUAGUUAGUGGGCCGCCUUAGUAGUUUAAUGGGCCUUGGACCUUAUUAGUUAGUGUCCUAUUAGUUAGUGGCCUUUAGGUGGGUCUAUAUAAACAAAACUAGUUAAAUGUUUUAGUCAUGAAAAUUAGUAUCCAGUCUUUGGCUGAAAAUGGAUGGGGAGUACCUCAAAUCACUCACGGAGGAUUUAGGCAUCCUCGAAUUUGCCUAAUUUCAAUAUGCAUAUUUUAUUUGGUUCUUCGAGCCCUGGACACUGUUGAGGAUGAUACAAGCAUAGCUACAGAUGUAAAAGUGCCAAUCCUGAAAGCUUUUCAUCGUCACAUAUAUGAUUGCGAGUGGCAUUUUUCAUGUGGUACAAAGGACUACAAAGUUCUUAUGGACCAAUUUCAUCAUGUGUCGACUGCUUUUCUGGAGCUUGGAAAGAGUUAUCAGGAGGCAAUUGAGGAAAUUACCAACAGAAUGGGUGCAGGAAUGGCAAAAUUUAUAUGCAAGGAGGUAGAGACAAUUGAUGACUAUGAUGAAUAUUGCCACUAUGUAGCUGGACUUGUUGGACUAGGUUUGUCCAAGCUUUUCCAUGCCUCUGGGUCAGAAGAUUUGGCUUCAGAUCAUCUCUCAAAUUCAAUGGGUUUAUUUCUUCAGAAAACAAACAUAAUACGAGAUUAUUUGGAGGAUAUUAAUGAGAUACCAAAGUCUCGCAUGUUCUGGCCUCAUCAGAUCUGGAGUAAAUAUGUUAACAAACUUGAGGACUUGAAAUAUGAGGAAAACUCUGAGAAGGCAGUGCAAUGUUUGAAUGACAUGGUCACUAAUGCUUUGAUGCAUGCGGAAGAUUGCUUGAAAUACAUGUCUGCUUUACGAGAUCCUUCAAUUUUUCGAUUUUGUGCUAUCCCCCAGAUCAUGGCCAUUGGAACACUGGCAUUAUGCUACAACAACAUUGAAGUCUUCAGAGGUGUAGUCAAAAUGAGGCGUGGUCUUACCGCCAAAGUCAUUGAUCGUACAAAAACGAUGGCAGAUGUCUAUGGUGCUUUCUUUGAUUUCUCCUGUAAGUUGAAGCCAAAGGUUGACAAGAAUGACCCUAAUGCAACAAAAACGUUGAACAGGCUGGAAGCAAUACAGAAAACCUGCAGGGAUUCGGGAGUCCUUAACAAGAGAAAAUCUUACAUAAUCAGGAGCGACUCUUAUUGCUAUACUGUUCAUUAUGCUGUCCGGCAUUUUUGCUUAUCUCUCUAGCAAACGACCAAAGAAUUAAGAACUUGAAGGUUUCUUCGAACUUCCUGGAGAACUUGAGUUCAUGGCUGGCUGUUACCAAGUGCAUGCUUUGUUCCAUGAAACUUGAUUUAUGUUUGUAUUAUUUUAAUACUUACGCUUGAAGGUUGUAUAUCUACCAUACAGGUGUCAAAAUCUGUUCCUGAAGUAUCCAACUUCUUAUAGAAAACUCUUAAACUGUUUGCAA